AUGCAUCUCAUGUUCACAGAAGAUAAGGAUGGCAAGCGAAUCUACACGCUCAAGAAAAAGACUGUCGAAGGCGUGAUCACCAAGUCGGCCCAUCCUGCUCGCUUCUCGCCUGACGACAAAUUUUCACGACACCGCGUUACGAUCAAGAAGCGCUUUGGUAUCCUGCCUACGCAGCUGCCCGCUAAGCCACUGUAA